GACCUCCUUUAUGUUUCUGUCUUUUAGUACUACAUCAUUGUUAUGCCCACAACACCACAUCUCAGAAUAACUAAAGCCAUUAAAGCCUCAUUCUACUACACACAUGGACUGCCAACAGAGACCAUCCUUCAAGGGAGCAAAAUAUCCGACCAAACAUCGUCGGCACUACCCUCGGUCCAGAUCCGGUUGUCUUGUCUGUCGCUCAAAGCACAAAAAGUGUGACGAGACAAAGCCUUACUGCCGAUAUUGUAUUCGAACUGCUCAGACUUGUAUCUGGCCUGAUGAAGAUGAACCCGGCAAGGCACAAUUACAAAAUUGCUCUGAUAAUAGCUCGGAUACCAAUUCCAACACUGAUACUGGAUCGGCAAUCACGAUGCCCGGUCUGUUCAUGCCAGCCUCGCAAGUGCAGAUACUGAAAAGAUUUUUCUUUGACUGGUCGACUCACGCGAACAUCCCAUCUGGACACACUUUGUCAUGGUAUAGCCGCCUUCCUCAGAUAUACGCCAACUCCAGCGUGGACAGCUUACUGCACAAGUCGAUCAAUGCAUUGGCCAAUGCUAGCUACGGGCAGAGAUUCAACUCCUAUCAAGCACUAAAGGAUGCAACUAAGCUAUAUGGAGAGUCAAUACAUAUGCUGAGAGAUAAAAUGCAUGACAUUGUUGAUUCCUCUCACUACUGCGAAGUUAUGAACGCGAUUAUGGUCCUUGGCAUAUAUGAGGGCUUGGUAGAUGAGUCCAUCGCGCUCGAAGGCUCUUGGGUGUCCCAUAUUAGCGGAGGCUGUACCUUGUUAGAAUUACGGGGUCAAGGCAAUAUCAUAGACUCUCCGGCAGAGUAUGAGGUAUCUAUAUUUAUCCUUAUGCAAAUGAUUCAUAUUGGUCUUGUGACCGGCCAAGGACUUUCGAUACCAUGGGCAUCCGUGAAGGACCUAUGUUUACCGAGGCUGCCUUACUUCUACGCCCAUACACAGCUGAUUUACCAAUCUGCAUGUCUUUGCAUGGAAUGGAGAACCGCUUUGUUGACUUACAAAAAGGAUCAAGAUGUCACACAACUAUCGGCUAUUAUUUCUCAGGCCCUGGCUCUAGAUAAACAGCUUGAGGACUGGGCAAAGAGCGUGCCUUCUUCUGCGAAAUAUGCGGUGGAACUUAUGUUGACCGAUACCCAACUUGAGUGGUUGAAACCUUUACUCAAUACGCGGUGGAGGCCUCUUAAUUUGCAUUCAUACUCAUCUCUCUCGAACCAGAUCCUUUGGAGAUUCUACUGGAUGGUUCGGGCUAUCCUCAGCCAGGCCCUUUUGUUCACCAACAGCCUAUUCGAGCAAAGAAAAGUAACGCCGAGCCCGAUACUCUGCCCGACAGAAACAGAAUCUAAGCUUAUUUCAUUCACUGAUAGCUUAUGUGAAUCUUGUCUCUCGACUUUCAUAAGUAUCGUCAAGCAAGAUCCUCAGUAUUACAGCGCUGAAGCUAUCCCAAAUGUGUUAGGUUACAUCACUCUACAGGUUUUACCCACUAUUGGCCUAUGUCUCGAGCAAGUUGAUAUCAUUGGUAUCGAUUUGUCGACGAGAAGAGAAUGGGUUGCUAGGAUGAGGCAUUUUCUUCGGGUUAACCUUGGCAUUGCAAAAGGUGCAACAGCAAUACCGCCAUCUCUCAACAGUAAUAUCCCAAUCCAGAUUUGGGGUUUCUCAUAGCAGCCUACCUCUGUUUUCAAACAUGCCUAUCGAGUAUAGUUAAGAAAAGAAAUAAACAUACAGUCUAAGGCCUUAUAGAGCUAAAAAAAAAUAUCAAGC